CGCACGCGUGCAGCAGUGCAGCAUGGGUUGGCUACUGGCGUUCGGCCUAGGUGGAUUGGCGCUUGAAGGCGCUAGCGGGUUCACGCUCCUGCCACGCCUUCUUCGGGAGAAGGCGACGUCACGGCCGUUUGUUCCUCCAUCCAGCAGCAGCAGCAGCGUGGCAACAACCGGCGGCAGGGAUAACAGCCUGACCGGAGAAGUGUGUAGCACGAACGCCGUCGCGGCCGCUACUGUCUGCAGCUCUAGGAACAACAAGCGCAGGUCGAAGGCGGUUUUUCCGCUGCCUGCCACAAAGGCAACAGAUCUGCCCUCGUUUGCCUCGUCGGGGGAUGGCGACAACGACAAGGCGGAAAAGGGUGGCAAGGAGGGGUCGGGUGACGCGGCAGAGGAGAAGGAAGAAGUAGAGGCUGCCGCGAAGCCAGUGGUGGAUGCUGAUGAAAAGCCGGAGGCGGCGGCGGAGGACAAGAAGAAGGACGUCGAGGAGGUCGCCGCCCCCUCUCCGCCAGAUGCCACAGCAGCAGACUCGCCUUCGCCCAACGGCGAGAACGCGGAGAAGAAAGAGGGAGAGGGUGACCCAGCGCCAGCAGAGGGGGGGAACAAGAAAGAAGAGAAGGACCCCACAGCGACGGCUUCGCCCUUGCCGACGAUCGACGUACCGCCCUUGCCAGCGGUCUCCGCCCCGCCGCCGCCAAACACCGGCAAGGUCUCCGCUCCGCCGUCACCAAACAGUGGGAAGGUCUCUGCACCGCCAUCGCCCAACAGCCCGAAACCUGUGGCAGCAGAGGAGAAGAAGGAGGAAGAGAAGGAGGAGAAGACAGAGGAGAAGAAGGAGGCAACCUCCACGGCUACGUCUUCUCCGUUGCCAGCGGUCUCUGCUCCACCCCCGCCGAACACUGGGAAGGUCUCCGCUCCGCCGUCCCCAAACAGUGGUCUAUCCGCUCCGCCGUCGCCGAACACCCCGAAGGAGGAGAAGAAGGAAGAGAAGGAGGAGAAGAAGGAAGAGAAGGAAGAGAAGAAGGGGGAGAAGGUUGAGGAGAAGAAGGAGAAGGAGGAAGACACGAAGGAGGAGAAGGAGGAAGAUAAGACGGAGGAGAAGGAGGAAGAUAAGACGGAGGAGAAGAAGGAGAAGAAGGAAGACAAGAAGGAAGACAAGAAGGAGGAGAAGAAGGAGGGAGACAAGAAGGAGGAGAAGGUUGAGGAGAAGGAAAAGAAGGAGGACAAGAAGGAGGACAAGAAGGAAGACAAGAAGGAGGAUAAGAAGGAGGACAAGAAGGAAGACAAGAAGGAGGACAAGAAGGAAGCCAAGAAGGAAGACAAGAAGGAGGACAAGAAGGAGGACAAGAAGGAGGACAAGAAGGAAGACAAGAAGGAGGACAAGAAGGAAGACAAGAAGGAAGACAAGAAGGAGGAUAAGAAGGAGGACAAGAAGGAAGACAAGAAGGAGGACAAGAAGGAAGCCAAGAAGGAAGACAAGAAGGAGGACAAGAAGGAGGACAAGAAGGAGGACAAGAAGGAAGACAAGAAGGAGGACAAGAAGGAAGACAAGAAGGAGGACAAGAAGGAGGCAGAGGUCGCUUCUAUCCCGCCCGUGUCAGCGGUCUCUGCUCCACCUUUGCCGAACAGUGGAGUAUCCGCUCCGCCGCCGCCGAACACGGGAGGGGUAUCGGCUCCGCCGUCGCCGAACAGCCCGAAGACAGUGGUGGCGGAGGAGAAGAAGGAAGAGAAGGAGGAGAAGAAGGAAGAGAAGGAGGAGGAGAAGAAGGAGGAAAAGGAAGACAAGAAGGAGGAGAAGAAGGACGACAAGAAGGAGGAGAAGAAGGAAGACAAGAAGGAGGAAAACAAGGAAGACAAGAAGGAGGAGAAGGUCGAGAUCAAGGGGAGCGGGAAGGUGGCGUCGCAGGACGAUGACCAGCUGACGCCUCUGGACAUGCUUGUCGGGCCGUUCAUAGUGUUCGCCACCGGUAUGCAGAAAGAGGCCGAGUUCUUGGAGGGUGAGCUGAACCAGCGGGUUUCGCAAGUUACGGCCGAGUUCCAGGCGGACCGCAAAAACAUGGAGGAGACCCUCAGAGAGGCCGAGGAGCAGCUGAAACGUCUCCAGGGGGUGGCGGCAGAGAAGAAGAAGGCGGAAGAGAGCGCGAGGAAGGUCAAGGCGGAGGCUGACGAAGCCGCGGCAGGCAGCGAGGAGCGGGGUCGUAGCCGGUAG